AUGGAGGUGGAUGGCCACCUGGAGACGAUCCUCUGCUUCCUCACCGACCUUAGCAAUGAACACCCUUUGAUCCUCGGCUUCCCUUGGCUUCGAACACACAACCCGACGAUUGACUGGCGAACAUGCGAAAUCACCUUCUGCUCCGAGUUCUGCAACAAGAAUUGCUUCCAUAUACGACCUGCGCAGGUGCGCGGUGGCUGCAAGGCGCCGAACCCCAGCCUGAAGAGGAGGAAAACAGUCUAUUUCGCAGAAACGGUCAUGCUACGAGACUGCUCCGUUGAUGAUCUGAAGAUCUCUUCAGCAACGAAUUUCGCAUGGUUCUGUCGCCAGAAGGGCGUUACAAUCUCAAGGAUCACUGCUGAACAGCUCGAACAAGCAGGAAUGCCAGACCUCGAGCCCCCCGACCUCACCGAAAGCAAACUCAGACAAAUCCUCGCUACUGAAGGCAGCCCCAAAGAACACAAGGCCAAGCUGGAUGUCAGAUAUCACUCCUUCGUCAACGACCUGUUUGACAAACACUUCAUCAACAGGGUCACAGACAAGGACAUCGACAAGUACCUCAAAGAUAAGAAGCCCGCGACGGUUGAGGAGAUCAAGAGGAAGCUGCCAGCCGAUUACCACGACCUUCUCAAUAUCUUCCUUCCUUCCAAAGCCACGAAGCUACCUAAACACAAACCAUACGAUCACCGAAUUGACAUCGAACCCAGCAAAUACAUCCCUAGCUACAAGACACGUCCCAUGUCUCAAUCCGAACUCCGGGUUACGGUCCUUCCAGAGUCGCAAAUAUCGCUAGGGAUGGCUCCAGAGUUACCUGACGAUCCUGACAACCUCAGACUUUACGCUGUGGAUACCUCUGAAGACCUUGACGACCUCAUCGACGCAGCGUACAAUACUGAUCCAAUGGCGAAGAAGGUGGUGAAAGCCUUGCUAAUCCAAAGGUCGUGGCCAAAGACCGUGAAGCGUUUCAUACGAGUACCUUUUGGUGACUGCGAAUUGCAGGAUGGCCGUGUUUUCUACCAUAACAAGCUAUUCAUCCCCGCAAACAAUCACCUCCGCUCCCAGAUCAAAUACCAUACAUACGCGCUCCCUGCCAGUGGUCAUCAAGGCGAAGCCAAGACGGCAGAACUGAUCAAAAGGCACUACUAG